GAUAGGGAAGACAGUUUUAGGGUUGGGGGAAAAUGGAGAAAGACGGGAAAAAUGGGAAUUUGGGAGAACAGCGGCUGAGAGAUGCAGCCAGUAAUUAGCCAAUUGGAAUUGGCUUAACUCCAGGCUACACGCUUUGUACAUCAAACCCAUUUUGGCAUCCUCUUGCAAGUCAGUGCUCUGGGUUCCAGGAAAGGGGAUCUGGAGAAUGGAACGGGGGUAGGGUCCCUACCUUACCCGCUUCGCCUCUAGUUCUUCUUCCUCUUCCUCGCUAGUCUUCCUGUGUUUCCUCCAUCCAAGUCCAUUCUGCCCGCCCCCCUCCUCCCUUCUUCAAAAUCGCCUUUUCCCUGUCUCUCAAGAUUUUUCCCCACCUCCAAACUGACAUCCACGGGCCCCGCCUCGUCCGUGAAAUCAUGAAGGUGGUGAAUCUGAAGCAAGCAAUUUUGCAAGCCUGGAAGGAGCGAUGGAGUGACUACCAGUGGGCAAUUAACAUGAAGAAGUUCUUCCCUAAAGGAGCCACCUGGGACAUUCUCAACCUCGCAGAAGCACUCCUGGAGCAGGCCAUGAUCGGACCUUCCCCCAAUCCACUCAUCCUGUCUUAUCUGAAGUAUGCCAUUAGCUCCCAGAUGGUGUCCUGUUCCUCAGUCCUCACAGCUAUUAGCAAGUUUGAUGACUUCUCUCGGGACCUGUGUGUCCAGGCUCUGCUGGACAUCAUGGACAUGUUUUGUGACCGACUGAGCUGUCAUGGCAAAGCCGAGGAGUGUGUGGGGCUGUGCCGGGCCCUCCUCAGUGCCCUCCACUGGCUACUGCGCUGCACUGCAGCAUCUGCAGAGCGGCUCCGGGAGGGCCUGGAAAGUGGCUCGCCUGCUGCAGCCGAGAAACAGCUCGCCAUGUGCCUGCAGCGCCUGGAGAAGACCCUGAACAGCACCAAGAACCGUGCCCUGCUGCAUAUCGCCAAGCUGGAGGAGGCCUCCUCCUGGACUGCCAUUGAGCACUCGCUCCUGAAGCUCGGGGAGACCCUGGCCAGUCUCAGCAGCCCCCAGCUCCGGAGCCAGGCGGAGCAGUGUGGCACACUCAUCAGGAGCAUCCCCACCAUGCUGUCGGUGCGCUCUGAGCCAUUGCACAAGACCAGCUUCCCCACUGUCCAUGCUGUUGUCCUGCUUGAGGGAACCAUGAACCUGACCGGUGAGACACAGCCCCUGGUGGAGCAGCUGAUGAUGGUGAAGCGCAUGCAGCAUAUCCCCACCCCCCUCUUUGUCCUGGAGAUUUGGAAAGCCUGCUUCGUAGGACUCAUUGAGUCCCCAGAGGGCACGGAGGAACUCAAGUGGACGGCGUUCACCUUCCUCAAGAUCCCCCAGGUUUUGGUGAAGUUGAAGAAGUACUGUCAUGGGGACAAGGACUUCACUGAGGACGUCAACUGUGCUUUUGAGUUCCUGCUGAAGCUCACCCCAUUGUUGGACAAAGCUGACCAUCGCUGCAACUGUGACUGUACCAGCUUCCUGCUGCAGGAGUGUAGCAAGCAGGGAUUGCUAUCUGAGGCCAGUGUGGCCAACCUGGUGGCCAAGCGCACAGCCGACCGGGAACAGGCACCUCACCUGAAAUCCGGGGAAAAUGCCAACAUCCAGCCGAACCCAGGGCUGAUCCUCCGGGCAGAGCCCACUGUCACCAACAUCCUCAAGACAAUGGACGCAGACCACUCCAAGUCCCCAGAAGGGCUGCUUGGUGUCCUGGGUCACAUGCUGUCUGGGAAGAGUCUGGAUUUGCUGCUGGCUGCUGCUGCUGCCACUGGGAAGCUCAAGUCUUUCGCUCGGAAAUUCAUUAAUCUGAAUGAAUUCACGACACACGGCAGCGAAGAAGGUGUCAAAGCAGCCUCGGUGCGUGCCCUGCUCUUCGACAUCUCCUUCCUCAUGCUGUGCCACGUGGCCCAGACCUAUGGCUCAGAGGUGAUUCUCUCCGAGUCCAGCAUGGGAGCCGAAGUGCCCUUCUUCGAGACCUGGAUGCAGACAUGCAUGCCCGAAGAAGGCAAAAUCCUGAACCCCGACCACCCCUGCUUCCGGCCUGACUCCACCAAAGUGGAGUCCCUGGUAGCCCUGCUCAACAACUCCUCAGAGAUGAAGCUAGUGCAAAUGAAAUGGCAUGAAGCCUGUCUCAGCAUCUCCGCAGCCAUCUUGGAGAUCCUCAAUGCUUGGGAGAAUGGGGUGCUGGCCUUUGAGUCCAUCCAGAAAAUCACCGAUAACAUCAAGGGCAAGGUGUGCAGCCUGGCUGUGUGUGCCGUGGCGUGGCUGGUGGCCCACGUGCGGAUGCUGGGGCUGGACGAGCGCGAGAAGUCUCUGCAGAUGAUCCGCCAGCUGGCAGGCCCGCUGUAUAGCGAGAACACGCUGCAGUUCUACCAAGAGAGGGUGGUGAUUAUGAGCUCCAUCCUGGAGCACAUGUGUGCAGAUGUGCUGCAGCAGACGGCCACACAGAUCAAGUUCCUGUCUCCGGGCAUGGACAGCAUGCCCUACUGGAACCUGCUGCCUCCGCGCCGGCCCAUCCGCGAGGUGCUGAGCAGCGUGUUUGCCCGAGUGUUGGAGAAGGGCUGGGUGGACAGCCGCGCCAUCCACGUCUUCGAUGCCCUGCUGCACAUGGGCGGUGCCUACUGGUUCUGUAACAACCUUGUUAAGGAGCUGCUGAAGGAGACCCGCAAGGAGCAUGCGCUGCGGGCGGUGGAGCUGCUCUUCUCCAUCUUCUGCCUGGACAUGCCGCAGGUCACCCUGGUCCUACUGGGCCACAUCCUCCCUGGCCUGCUCACUGACUCGUCCAAGUGGAACAGCCUCAUGGACCCCCCUGGCACUGCCCUGGCCAAGCUCGCUGUCUGGUGCGCCUUGAGCUCCUACUCCUCCCACAAGGGACAGGCGUCCUCCCGCCAGAAGAAGCGGCACCGUGAGGACAUUGAGGACUACACCAGCCUCUUCCCAGUGGACGACGUGCAGCCGUCCAAGCUGAUGCGCCUGCUGAGCUCCAACGAUGAGGACCCCAACCUCCUGUCCAGCCCCACCGAGCGGCCCAUGAACAGCUCCUUGUCAGCCUCCCAGCUCCACACGGUCAACAUGAGAGACCCGCUGAACCGAGUCCUGGCCAACCUGUUCCUCCUGCUCUCGUCCAUCCUGGGUGCGCGCACAGCCGGCCCGCACACGCAGUUUGCACGCUGGUUCCUGGAGGAGUGUGUGGAGUGCCUGGAGCAGGGCGGCCGUGGCAGCAUCCUGCAGUUCAUGCCCUUCACCACGGUGUCAGAGCUGGUGAAGGUGUCGGCCAUGUCCAGCCCCAAGGUGGUCCUGGCCAUCACGGACCUCAGCCUGCCCUUGGGCCGCCAGGUGGCUGCCAAGGCCAUUGCCGCACUCUGAGGGACAGGAGGGGCCCUGG